UUUUUCCCGGCGUCUCCUCGCCUUUUUUUUUCCCACCCAUUCGCUCACGCAUCUCAUUUUUACCCCCUCCGCCGCUUUCCCCCGCAAAAACCCCCCAUCGCCGCCGUCGCCGCCGCCGCCGUCGUCGGUCGCCGGAGAGUAGCGGAGGGUGUGCUCCUCCGGGGCGGGCCGCGCGAGGGCUGGCCGGGGCGCCCCGGCGCGGCGCGGUUUUUUCCCGAGAAAAAGAAAAGAGUUCAUUAACAAGAAUGGCACAGUUUAUGUGUCUGUAGCUGCAAUUGAUAGUGAACACAAUGGAUGAGAAUAGAAAAUUAUCUGAUGACAUGUCCAAGAAAAUGGAACCUAUUCACUCUAAUGGAGAGGCAGGGGAAGAUAAAACUAUAAUUAUUGAACCUGAAAGUGAUGCAAAUAAACUUGAAGUGGAAACUGACGCAAGACAUGGUAUCUGUGAGGCGCACAAGGCGCAUGAAUAUGGAACAAUGGAAAAUGAUUUGCAUGAGGAAGCAUCCACCACCGAUGAUGAUUCAGAGAAUGACUCAUAUGAAUACCUUCUUCGGGAAUCGGAUAAUGAGCAAACUUCAGAGUCUGAUGCUGGUGAGGGAGACAAUGAGGCACCUCUCACUGAUGAAGAAGUUGAAACAUUAAUUACCGAAUUCCUUGACGCUGAGAGCAAGGCUGCUCAAGCGCAAGAAUCACUUGAAAAGGAGUCACUGGAAAAGAUUGAAUCUGAAGUAAGGUUGGAGCUAUCGGAGAGUCUCCAAGGAAAUGAGUUAGAGUCAGCCGUUUCUACUGAGAUGAAGCAAUACAAGAAGGAAUGGGAAUCUGAACUUGAUGAUUUGGAGACUCACAUUGCUGUUCUCUUGGAGCAACUUGAUGCUGCUGGUGUCGAACUUCCCAGCCUCUACAAGUCUAUAGAAAGCCAAGUUCCAAAUGUUUGUGAAACUGAAGCAUGGAAGAACAGGGCUCACUGGGCUGGUUAUCAAGUGCCUGAGGAAGCUAAUAAAUCAAUCAGAAAAGCUGAUGAAUACCUCCAAUCUUGUAGACCUGUAAGGAGAAAACAUGGGAGGUUGCUGGAGGAAGGUGCUAGUGGCUUUCUUGCUGGAAAGAUUCCUGUUGGGGAUGAUGGAUCUGCACAAUGCCAUGAGAAAAGUUGGAAUGCAUUCAAUGAACUUACCAAAUCUAAGGAAUAUGCUGAAAGUUCUUUCGGAAGUAGUAACUGGGCAUCAGUUUAUCUGGCCAGUACCCCACAAGAAGCGGCUGCUUUAGGUCUCCAAUUUCCAGGAGUUGAUGAGGUAGAGGAGAUAGCUGAAGUUGAGGGUGCUGUUAGUGACAUAAAAGGUGUCGAUGAAAUAGAGCUUUCUGAAGUACAGAGAAGAAAAUACAGAAAGGUACCAGAAGAGGAUGAUGCAAAGAUGACAAAACGUCUGCAGCGCCAUUUGAAAGAAAGAAGGACAAGACAUUUGCAUAAGGAGAACAUUGGUUUGGCGUCAUCAUCAAAUGGAUGCUGUGAGCUGCCUCCCAAAAAACUCAAAACAUAUGAAAAUGGAGUUUCUGUUGAGCUAGCGAAGCGCACACGUGAAGAUGAUGUUGAGUUUGACAAUAAGAGGUCAAAAACUGUAAUUAUUGAAAGUGAUGAUGACAUGCAGACUGAUAGCAAGCCAGAUUCAGCACCAAGUGAAAAUGCGGAUGAGAUUAUUGAUCUUGAUAUCUUCCCAUCACAAAGCCCUAAACUUGGUGAUAAAGUUCGGCCUAAACCUUUCAAGUGCACUAUUUGCACUGAAAUGUUGAAUGUCCCUGAAGUGCACCGCCACCCAGUAUUGGAUGUUAUAAUUUGUGGAUCUUGCAGAUUUCUAGUGAUAGAGAAGAAUCGUCUCGAGGAUCCUGUGUCUGGUGGUUAUUGCACCUGGUGUGUAAAAAGUGAACAGCUUCAAAGUUGCAGCUCUUGUAAACUGCUUUUCUGCAGAAAUUGCUUGUCAAAGAAUUUUGGUGAAGAAGGCUUAUCGGAAGCUAGAGUAGCUGGUUGGCAAUGUUGCUGCUGCCUACCCAGUCAACUGGAACAUUUAAUUUCUGACUGUGACAAGGCCCUAGGUGGUGUUGAGUCUUCUGAUCCUGAGAAUGACUUUGCAGAGCUUUCUGUAUUAGAGAGCAAUGGUCCUUUUAGCAAGCAUAAAAUGAAAAAGAGGAUAAGAAGAAUCAUGGAUGACGAAGAACUUGGAGAGGAAACAAAGCUUAAAAUUGCAAUGGAGAAGGCUAGGCAAGAACAUCUGAAGUCCAUGCAAGAGCAGUCUGCCAGCAAGUUAAAGAGCAACAAUAUCGGAAUUUCCUUGGAAGCACCAUCUGAGGUUUCUGAAUAUGUUGGGGAUGGACAUAUAGUAAACCUUGCCCGCGAGGAAGAUGAAGCACCUGUUAGAAUUCCAAGCAGCAUAUCUGCUAAACUGAAACCUCAUCAGGUAUCAGGAAUAAGAUUUAUGUGGGAAAAUGUGAUCCAAUCUGUCAAGAAGGUCAAAUCUGGGGAUAAAGGUUUUGGUUGCAUUUUGGCUCACAACAUGGGCCUUGGGAAAACUUUUCAGGUUAUUACAUUCCUGUAUACUGUUAUGAGAUGCAUCCAGUUGGGACUGCGCACGGCGCUUAUAGUUACCCCCGUUAAUGUUUUGCAUAACUGGAAGAAAGAGUUCAUCAAAUGGUGUCCAGCAGAACUUAAGCCACUUCGUGUGUAUAUGUUGGAGGAUGUUCCAAGGUGCAGGGCAAACAUUCAGUAUUUACUAAAAAAGUGGCGAAUAAAAGGUGGCGUGCUUCUGAUUGGUUAUUCAUCAUUUAGAAACCUUUCCCUUGGAAGGAGUGCGAGGGACAAAACUGUUGCAAACGAGAUCACCAAUGCUUUGCAGUGUGGGCCAGAUAUUCUUGUAUGUGAUGAAGCACAUAUAAUUAAGAACAGGAGAGCUGACACUACACAAGCUUUGAAACAAGUAAGGACACAGAGAAGAAUUGCGUUAACUGGAUCUCCAUUGCAGAAUAAUUUGAUGGAAUAUUACUGUAUGGUUGAUUUUGUUAGGGAAGGUUAUCUUGGAAGUAGCCAUGAGUUCCGUAACAGGUUCCAGAACCCCAUUGAAAAUGGGCAGCACACGAAUUCUACAUCAGAUGAUGUCAAGAUCAUGAACCAACGGUCACAUAUUCUGUAUGAACAACUGAAGGGAUUUGUCCAGCGAAUGGACAUGAACGUGGUGAAGAAUGAUCUACCAGAAAAGAAGGUUUUUGUUGUUACUGUUAAACUCUCUCAACUACAAAGGAAGCUGUACAGAAGAUUCUUGGACGUGAAUGGUUUCUCAAGCAGUGCUGCUUCAGAAAAAUCUUUUCAGCGGAGUGGCUUCUUUGCCAAGUACCAAACGUUAGCGCUGAUAUGGAACCAUCCUGGUCUUCUCCAGAUGGCUAAACAGAAAGGAAAUUUGCGCCAAGAAGAUGUCGAGUCCUUUCUGAUGGAUGAGAGCUCUAGUGAUGAUAAUAUUGAAAAUUACUUGCCAAAUGGAGAGAAGCUGAGAAGCAGAAAUGAUCAGCUAUCCAAGAAAAGUUCUGAUGUUGUAAAUGAGGAAAGUAACUGGUGGGAGAAUCUUUUAGAUGAAAAUGCUUAUAAGGAAGCAGAUUAUAGUGGCAAAAUGGUUUUACUCCUUGAUAUCCUGUCAUCAUGUUCUGAAUUGGGUGACAAGGCAUUAGUGUUCAGCCAGAGCUUGAGCACUCUGGAUUUGGUGGAAUUUUAUCUAUCUAAGUUGCAAGUUAAUGGAAAAGAGGGCAAAUAUUGGAAACAAGGCAAGGAUUGGUACAGGAUUGAUGGGAGCACUCCAUCUUCUGAGCGACAAAAUCUUGUGGAGAGGUUUAAUGACCCUGAAAACAUUAGAGUGAAAUGCACAUUGAUAUCUACUCGUGCUGGAUCUCUAGGCAUUAACCUUCAUUCAGCAAACCGUGUGAUUCUUCUUGAUGGUUCAUGGAAUCCAACCCAUGAUUUGCAAGCCAUCUAUCGGGUUUGGAGGUAUGGCCAGACCAAGCCUGUGUAUGCUUACCGCCUAAUGGCUCAUGCAACAAUGGAAGAGAAAAUAUAUAAACGGCAGGUGACAAAAGAAGGGCUUGCAGCAAGGGUGGUGGAUAGACAGCAAGUGUCUAGAACAAUCUCUAAAGAAGAGAUGUUGCAUCUUUUCGAGUUUGGUGAUGAGGAACUACUGGAGCAGAGCGGUUCUACCAUGAAUGGUCACAGUAAAGUUGGGACUGAGAAGCCACCUACUCCCAACUCCAGUGAAACCACUGAACAUUUACCUUUGGACAGGCUCAUGGUGAACCUACUUCAUGACCACUCCCGGUGGAUCGCAAGUUACCAUGAACAUGAAACCCUUCUGCAAGAAAAUGAAGAAGAAAGGCUUACCAAGGAGGAGCAAGAUAUGGCAUGGUUAAGCUACAACAAGUUGCUAGAAGUUGCCCCGAGGAAAGCUACACAUGACGCCGAGAGAAAACCAAGUACUGUUCCAACAGAGAGCAGCCUUAUACAACCACCUAAAGCUACUUCAAGAAGCCGGCAACCCCAGCAGCCUAAGAUCACUUCAAACAACCAAAAGAAGUGUAACAACCUGAGCCACUUGCUUACUCUGAGAAGCCAAGGCACCAAGCCUGGAUGCAGCACGAGUUGCAAAGAAUGUGGCCAGGAUAUUAGUUGGGAGACGCUAAACAGAGACGGUAGAUCAAGGUGAAGUCAAAUGACUUGUUGUUAGCUUACUCAAGUCAUUGCUGUUACACAUUUUAUACUUUUGUAAAGGUUACCUUUUUCUUUUGCGUAGUAUACAUCCUGUAUGUUAGGAUUAUCAGUGUAUAGAAGUAGUGAAGGAAAUGGAAAAAGACAUUUUUUGGGUUCACAAGAUAAGCUGUAUCAGUUUGCAACUGGAAUCUUCACAUGAUUAGCAAAUUAUGAUGCCAGAAGAUGCACUUUACUUCC